AUCCAAGCAUUAGAGAUGACCUGAGGACCCCCGUAGGCCUGGAUCACUAUGUGGAUGAUCUCUUCACCCCUGUGCUGCAUCAGGGCUCCAGACUAUCAGAUUUGGAGAACAGGGACAGUCUCACUGGACGCAUGAAAGGAGGUGGGAAGAUUGGACCCACAAGGAGAGGAGUCUUUCCUUCUACAGGCUUCCCUGGAAUGGCUCAAGCACCAGUUUACCAGCCCAUGCCUUCCAUGAUGGGGAUGCCAGCAGCCAUGCCCAUGAUGCAGGGGGCUGGUGGGAUCACACCUAUGCCAGCCAUGGUUAUGCCCCAGCCCAUGGUUCCAGCUGUGGAUCCCAACCAGUUGGCAGCACAGCAGCAAGCCUUUAUCCAACAGCAAGCCAUGCUCAUGGCCCAGCAGAUGACCCUUCAGGCCAUGAGUAUUUCCCAGCAACAGCAGCAGCAGCUGCAAAAGUCUCUUGAGAAUUCAAGGCCGAGAGUUUCAAGUCCACCACAAGCCCAAGCCCCAGCCACUGCCCCAAAACCCAAGAAGCCUCCCACAAGCCAGGAUGCUGCAACACCACCAGAGUCUUCAGAACCACCAGCUAAGGGUUAUGACUACACGGGAGAUGAGUUCUCCAGCAGUGGAGAUGAUGACUCUCCUCGGGAAACCUUCCAGCAGAAAAGACAAUAUUUUCAGAAGAUGGGAGAGCAACACAUCCGAGUGAAGAAAGUCAGGCCUCCUACCAAAACCUGGACUCCACCAGCAAAUCCCCAGCCAGAGCAGGAGGAGGAGAUAAAACAGGAACAGCAGAGGAAAGAAGUGAAGCCUGUCCCCAAACCAGAGGCAGCUCCUGCUUCCCCUGUGCCAUCUCCUGAGCCAAAGCCAAUAAAGCAGACACCAAAAGUGAAGAAGGAGCCACCUGUAGUGAAGUCUUCAGGCCCGGAGUCACGUCCUGCACCGAGCCGCGAGAUUGGCAACAUCAUCAAAAUGUACCAGAGCCGACCAGCCCCUGAGCCCCAGCCCAUCGAGCCCGUAAGGAGAGUAAACAAGCCGUUUGUAAGGAGGAACGACCCCAAAAAUGAGGCUCUGGCCAAGCUGGGAAUGAUGAACUCCUCAUCUUGCCCACCACCAUCUCCUGUGCCACAAGAGAAGAAAGUACCUCCACCUGUCAAGCCCAAGCCAGGCUCAGCUUCCAGCUCUAUCAAGGAGAAGCAGUUGCCUCUCCUGUCCGUCUUCAGGCCAGAUUCUACCCCACCAGCGUCUGAGGGCCCUCCUGCUCCCCCUCCUCUCCCACCACUGCCUUCACCUCUAAAGCCUGAGGACCAAGGCAGGCAGGAAUCCACAGAGAGGGACUCUGCUGUAACAGUAGCAGAUGAUGAUGGUAUCAAGACCCAGCUGUACAAGCUCACCACCAGCGUCAGCUUCUCCUAUGCAGACCCUGCCUGGAAAAUCUUCCUGCGCAAAGAGGUGUUUUACCCCAAAGAAAAUUUCAGCCACCCUUAUUGCCUGAACUUGCUGUGUGAACAGAUCAUCUGUGACACUUUCUCCAACUCCUGCUUUCGGAUCUCCAAGGAGGAGAAGCGCAAGAUGAAAGACCUGCUGACGGAGUUCCGGGUUGGAAAUGAUGUCCAGUCCAUCAAGGAGGAUGGAAUAAAGAAGAGGAUUGUACUGGCUGCUCGGGAUAACUGGGCCAACUAUUUCUCCCGCCUCUUCCCAGUUCAUGGUGAAGAGGGAAGUGAUGUGCAGGUCCUGGGUGUUUCUCACCGGGGCAUUCGGCUGCUGAAGGUGCAGAAAGCAGCUGGGUAUAAUCCUGAGCACCUCAAGAUCCUUCGCAGCUACUGCUUUGCAGAUGUGCUGUCAGUGGAGCUGAAGGGCAGCAGUGCCCUGGAGUUCUCUCUGAAGACAGAGCAGCUCCUCCUGCACUCUCUGAAGGCUCCGUGCAUCAAGGCCAUGGUGGAACUCUUCAUGCAGGAGCUGAGGCAGGACACCAACUACGUCGUUGCUCUGCGCAGCUACGUUGUGGACGACAAGAGCCUCCUCAGCUUCAGGAAGGGCGACCUCAUUGAGCUGCUGCCCAUGCAAGGCAUGGAGCCAGGCUGGCAGUUUGGCUGCACUGGUGGCCGCUGUGGUCUCUUCCCCACUGACCUGGUGCAGUUGGCUGCAGCCCCUGAUUACCUCAGCACCAACAUGGACAGACAUGCAGAGCUAUGGAAGAGAAGGAAAUCUUCCCCAGAGAGCAGAAACACCAGCAGGGAGAGUUCUGUUCCCAGCCUGACAUCAGAACCCGACAGCACCAUGUUAGUCCCUGCUGGUGAUCGUUAUACCAUGAUUGACUUUGCCACAGCCUAUUUCCGGGAGGCUCAGUCCAUGCAGGGACUGCAGGGGAUGUCUGCUGAAAAGAAGAGUAUAGCUGGCCUGGUCCGGCACACCAAGGUCCCAAUCCAGGAUUCUUUGCUCUGGUACUCUGACAGUGAGCUGAAUGAACUGGCUACAAAGAACUUCCAGACGCUGAUGCGGCUCAUGGGAGAUCAGCCCAAGCACAAGAACCAGACUAAGGCUGAAUGCAUCUAUGAAAUCCUUAAGCUAUGCAAGGAGAAGGAGCAUUUGCACGAUGAGGUCUACUGCCAGGUCAUCAAACAGGUCACCCACAACCCUAACCAGGAGAGUGUGCUGCGUGGCUGGCUGGUCCUGAAUCUGCUAACUGGAUACUUCCUUCCUACUAAAACCCUGAUGCCCUAUGCCACCAAGUUCCUGCAGCUGGCCAGCAGUGAUCCAUCCAGCACCCACCACGAUAUAGCCAAGAUCUGCCAGAGCAACCUGCGGAAGAACUUCAUGUACGGGGGCCGCCGAAACCUUCCUUUCCCUGUGGAGAUGGAGGCACUGCUGAAGGGGCACGGUGCCCGCCGGCUGGUGAUACUGAUGCCUGGAGGCAUGGAAUACCUCACCAGGAUCAGGACAUUCACGGUGGCCAAGGAGCUCUUGCAGGAGAUCUGUGAGCAGAUGGGAGUAGGUGAACAGGAAGAGAUAGAGGACUUUUUUCUUUUUGCUACCAGGACUGACAACAAAAAUCUUGGUAAAAUAGUGAAGCCAAUAAAACCAGAGGAGUAUCUCCACGAUUACCUGCUGGAGGACAAGAUGGUCACCGUGACUUUGCGCAGGCUCACCUGGAGGACACCUCUGCACUUCGAGAACCAAAUCUAUACAGACGUCCACUAUGGACAGGUGCUGUGGGAUUACCUGAAUGGGAGGAUCCUGCUGACCCAGAGUAAAGAAACAGAGAUGCAAGUGGGCCUUUUGGCAAUGCUCCAGCACUGGGCCAAACCAGAGCAGCAGAACUCUGCUCCCUCUGGGGAGGAGCUGAAGAAAUACACACCAAAGACCCUGCAGUACUCCAUCAGUUCCAUGGCUCUGGAGAACCAGGUUGCCACAUUGCUGAGGACAGGGCAGCCCCUCCAGCCAUUGGAUGCAAAAAUCCAGUUCAUAGAACAUGUGAUGAAACUGCCUUUCUUUGGCUACACCAUGUUCAUCGUGGAGAGAGUCAGCGAUGAGACGAUCCCUGCGCCCUGUUUCUUUGGUGUGAACAAAGAGGAGAUCAUUGUGGUGAAUGGCAUCACCAAGGCCGUGUCCCGGGUCAUUCCCCUGAAGGAGGUGCAGAAGAUGCGCACCCUGAAGCCCAUGUCCAAAGAUGGACUUCCCGGCUUGGAGCUGAACUACGGAUCACCUGCCAUCCCCAAGACCAUGUGGAUUGAACUGAAACAGGCUAAAGAACUGUACCACACGCUUGUUGUCAUCCUGGACAAAACAGAGCUCCACUCCUAGAGCCUGAAAGGAGGAGAAUGACUAAGGAAAACAGCUGUGUUUCUCUUCCUUUGUACUUGAUCAGUGCUCCCUGACCUGCCUUCUGCAGAGAACACUUCCAAAAGACAGCCAUGACCUGAGACAGCUGCUUUCUAGGGCUGCCACCACAGUGUUUGUUGAUGGACUGUACCACAAUCUCACCCCUGGUGACCUGCCAUUCAGUACCCAAGUACUUCCCUGAAGCAAUCCAUGCUGUGGAUAAACAAACCACAAGGCCCUCUCCACACCACAGUUCCAACAAAGAGCAGCUGAACCAAUGCAAGCACUUGCCUCCAAGCAAUGCAGCGUGGAAGUCCUCUUUUUUUUUUUGAAUUAAUUAACAUUAGCAAAGCCUGGUGCUUGCUAGAGGUUUGUGUAUCCCAAUGCCCAGCUGAGGCUAUGCAAUGCCUGCACUGGCUGCUGGUGUUUUCCAGAGGCCAGUUUUGUCUCUGCAUUGAUAGGCAUAAGGCCCUGGAACAGGAUUGGUGAAGCAGGAGUUUACAGAAAGCACCUUAAUUGAAAAGCAGAUCAGUGUUAAUAAUACAA